CUACGGCCUCUUGGCUGGACGGCCCCGGCGGCGGCCAUGGGGAACACGACCUCCUGCUGCGUGUCGUCCAGCCCCAAGCUGCGGAGGCAUGCCCACUCCCGCCUGGAGUCCUACCGCCCCGAGGCGGAGCUGAGCCGGGAGGACACGGGCUGCAACCUGCAGCACAUCAGCGACCGGGAGAACAUCGACGAUUUGAACAUGGAGUUCAAUCCUUCAGAUCAUCCACGAGCCAGCACAAUAUUCCUCAGCAAAUCUCAAACAGAUGUGAGAGAAAAACGCAAGAGUCUCUAUAUAAACCAUCAUCCUCCUGGUCAACUGAGACGGAAAUACAGUUCCUGUUCCACUAUUUUCCUGGAUGACAGCACGGUCAGUCAGCCCAACCUCAAAUAUACAAUUAAAUGUGUAGCUCUUGCAAUAUAUUAUCACAUCAAAAACAGGGACACAGAUGGAAGGAUGCUCCUAGAUAUUUUUGAUGAAAACCUCCACCCCCUUUCGAAAUCCGAAGUGCCGCCAGAUUAUGACAAACUCGACCCGGAGCAGAAGCAGAUUUACCGCUUUGUGCGGACGUUGUUCAGUGCUGCUCAACUGACUGCCGAAUGUGCCAUUGUCACCCUGGUAUAUCUUGAAAGGCUUUUAACAUACGCGGAGAUAGAUAUUUGUCCAGCAAACUGGAAGAGAAUUGUACUGGGUGCGAUUCUACUGGCAUCGAAAGUUUGGGAUGACCAGGCUGUGUGGAAUGUGGACUACUGUCAGAUCCUGAAAGAUAUCACCGUUGAGGACAUGAAUGAGUUGGAGCGCCAGUUUCUGGAAUUAUUGCAAUUCAAUAUCAAUGUUCCCUCCAGUGUUUAUGCCAAGUAUUAUUUUGACUUGCGGUCCCUGGCAGAAGCAAACAACCUCAGCUUUCCACUGGAGCCCCUCAGCAGGGAUAGGGCGUAUAAACUUGAGGCCAUCUCCCGCUUGUGUGAAGACAAAUAUAAGGACUUCAGGAAAUCAGCAAAGAAACGGUCGGUCAGUUCGGACAAUCUGACUCUAGUUAGAUGGUCUCCUGCUAUCAUCUCCUAACAGUGAAGUCUGGGAUUAUGCCUCCAAAAGUACUGUUUCUAUCAUCAACUUUGGGCAGGAGGGAGUGGGGUGUUUUUAUUCAU